AUGACCAUCCAGCCAGUCAAACUUCCAAACCCCGAUGGAGACAAGAUGACCCCUGAAAUCGGUCUGCCGCCGGAACUUGAGGCGUUGAAGAACACCGUUCGCCAGAUUGUGCGGGACGAGUGCAUUCCCCUGGAACCCGAAUACCUGGCGCGUCCGCCCCAAGAAGGAGAGCCGGACAACGGCGCUCCACGGGGCGUCCUGGAAGCCGUGCCCGGUGUGCUGGGAACCCUGGAAGCAGACCAAUGGUCCCGUUUGACCAACCUGUCCCGGCAAACCGGUAUAUACACCUCCUUUGUCCCUGAAGAGUAUGGCGGUGGCGGCAUGGGCGCACUGGGGCAUCUCGUGCUGGAAGAGGAGGUGCACCACAGCAUCGUCCACCUUCCGACCUCGCCCGUUCCCAUGUUUAUGAUUGGCGCUUGCACCCCGGAACAGGAACAAAAAUAUCUUUACCCGGCCAUCAAUGGCGACCUUUAUUACUCCUUUGGGCAAACCGAGCCACAGGCUGGCUCCGACCCGGGCGGGAUGAUGCAAACCCGCGCCGUUCGCGACGGAGAUGACUGGAUACUGAACGGAACCAAGAUGUUCAUAUCCGGCGCGGCCUCGGCAGAUUUCCUGCUGGUGCAGGCCGUUACCGAUCCUGACAAGCGUCAGCGUGGCGGCAUCACCAUGUUCAUCAUCGACAACCCAACGCCGGGCGUCAGUUUUGAACCCAUCCGCGUUUGGAUUGUUCCCACCAAAGCCCAGCAACAUUACAUUCAUCUGGAUAACGUGCGUGUUCCGCAAUCCCAGGUCCUGGGGGAAGUCGGAGGCGGGUUCACGCUGGGGCAGCAAUGGCUGGUUCACCAUGACCGGUUGCUCCGCGGCUCCAUGGCGUUGGGUAUCUUGACCCGGGCUUUACAGAUGGCGAUCGACUGGUCGCAACAGCGCGUAACCUACGGUCGCCCCAUCGCCGACCGCCAGGCCAUCCAGUGGAUGCUCACCGACGUAUACAUCGAUAUCAUCGCCCUGCGCGCAGUCGCCCGGGAAACCGCCGCCCGCGCCGACGCCGGCGAAGAUGUGCGCGUUGAAGCGUCAAUGGUCAAAUACGCAGCCGGAGAAUGGGGUUGGCGGAGCAUCGACAAGAUCAUGCAGGUGUUUGGUGGGGUGGGUGAGACCCUCGAUAUGCCCAUUCCCCAUUGGUAUCAUAUGCUCCGACACGCCCGCAUCGGCGGUGGCACAUCCGAAAUUCACAAGCUCACCGAUCUCGGUUUUGAUGUUGUUGAGGUUUCCGGGGUUGGUACUGCCGUCGGAAUUCCCGACAUUACAAGCCUGUCGUUGGGCGUGUCCGUUACCGCCGACUCCGUAUCGGAAGCUCGCAGCGAAGCCGCCGAAACGGUUCAGGGAGUAAUAGACGCGUUGACCGAGCUAUCCAUUUCAGCGGAGGAUAUCUCCACCGUUCGUUUCACCAUUCAUCCUGAGUAUGAUUAUGUCCAGGGCGAACAACGAUUCAAAGGUUACCAAGUGUUCAACCUUAUGCAGGUCAUAGUCCGGGAAAUUGAGGACGUGGGGCCCCCCAUCGACGCCAGCAUCGCUGCCGGCGGGGACAACAUCGUAUUCAAUGGGUUGAACUUCUCCUUCUCGGAUACGGUGGCAAUGGAACGCGAAGCCCGCGAGGCUGCUGUCCAGGAUAUGGCCGACAAGGCGGGGCAACUGGCCCUGUUCGCCGGGCGCGAGCUCGGCGAGCUCAAAAAGAUCGCCGAAACCUCCGGCGUAAUCUCGCCGUUCAAUGACCGAUCGACCGCUUAUGCGGCCACAGAGUCGGCAGCUUUCGACACUCCGGUGCUGGCCGGUCAGGAUGCGAUCAAAGUGUACGUCUACGGGGUGUAUGAACUUCACUGA